AUGGCUACCACCUCCUCCAAACCCAUUAUUGUGAUUGGCGCGGGUCUCGUCGGACUCACUCUCGCACAGGGGCUGAAGAAGGCCGGUUUUCCAUUCGAGAUAUACGACAGAGACACAUCACUCGAUGCGAGACCAGCUGGGUGGGGGAUAACAGUUCAUUGGAGCUUGCCGUCGUUGCAGGCAUGUCUGCCUCGGGAGCUGUACGACAGAAUCCCUUCUAUCCAGGUCGAUCCUGCUGCAGGGGAGCGAGCACAUGACCGCUACCGGUUUCUUGAUCUCGAGACUGGCAAAGAUAAAUAUGCUAUGCCCUCGGGUCAUCACUAUCGCCUCAACCGCCAGAAGUUGCGGCAGCUGUUGUGCACGGAUAUCCCAGUGCAUUGGGGCAAAACGUUCAAGUCUCUCGAGCUUGAGGAGGAUGGAGUAGUGGUCCACUUCAACGACGGCACUCGUGUCGAAGGCUCCAUGUUGCUAGGUGUUGACGGCAAGAACAGCAGGAUAAAGCGUCUGCUCCUGGGAGAGGAGGAAUCACGACUGAACCCGCUACCUGUUGCGUUCAUGGGCUUCACUUUGCGAUUCUCCCCCACCAAGAUGCAGCCCUUUAGGGAUAUUCAUCCAGUGUUAUGGCAGGGUUGCCAUCCCCGCUCGGGGUAUUUCGUCUUCUUCUCCAUGCUCUCGACGCCAGAGAGCAACGGCAGCGCCGCCACCGAGCAUCCAUACUACGAAGGCCAGUUCAACAUGAGUUGGCUGACUAGCAAGCAUGGACCUACACCAAAAACACCAGCAGAACAAUUAGCCAAGGCAAAGGAGGCUGCUUGUGCAGCCAGUGGCAUGUUCCCGCCACUCAGGCAGGCCAUCCUCGAGAUUCCAGACGACACACAUGCUCUCGAGAUCGCGCUAGAAGACUGGCCCACACAAGAAUGGCCAUUAUACGAUGGCAGAGUAACCCUUCUCGGAGAUGCUGCGCAUACCAUGACCAUGUAUCGUGGGGAAGCGGCCAACCAUGGGAUGUAUGACGCCGCGGCCCUGGUGCACCAGCUCAAUCAGUGGCGGAGGGGAGUGAAGUCUCGUCUUGAAGCUCUUCAAGAUUCCCAGGCUGAAGUCGUUGAGCGCACACACGAGGCCGUGCUCUUGAGUAGAUAUGCUUGUCUGGAGUGCCACGAUCUCGAAAAUCUGCGAGAUGACAGCCAGGUUUUCCAAGUCUCGGGAUUCAAUGCUAGAGUCAAGGAAGAGAGAGCGGCAUUUGAUCUAAGUCCAGAUCCGCUGCCUAUGCCGGCGGAGAUUGUAGCAUAA